AAGGAAAAGGGCAUUUUAUGGGGCUCUCAUUACCUGCUCCAAAAGAAGGCCAAGGAGUGGAGGAGACUGCAGAAGAUUAGCUUUUCCUCAUGCUUUACUCUUUGUCUCUCUUUCUUGCUGUUUGAGAUUGAGGAAGUGAGCUUCGGUAUUAGGGAAGAAGAUUGCAAAUCCAUCAUUUCCUUGUUGAUGAUGACGAUGAUGGUAGUGAAGAAGAAUGUGAACCUUUUGACCAGAGAAAGAGAGAGAGAGAUCAAAUAAAGAGAAAAGAGAAAUAAAGCCUAGGGUCGAGAAAAGAUGUCCCCUUUGACGGGCAUUGUUGCUUGUGGAUUGUCAAUGAGAGAGAUAGCGAAAGAGAGUGGAAGGGAGACAAAGUAAAGAGUGAGUGAGAGAAAGAGAGAAAACACCACUCUCCUCCUUUCUCUUCCCCACACGUUUCUUGUCCUCUGGAUGUGAUGGGUCUCUUGCAAUUUUAAGGCUCUCUUUCUCUCUCGCUCUUUCUAAUCAUUAAUCUGUGUCAAAUUUUCUUUGAGCAUUUUGCGAAGAGGGUGUUCGACAGAAUGCCGAUGUACCAGCCGUCUAUUCGGAGAAGAGAUGGGGGGGAUGUGAAGCUCGACGUGGGUGGUGGUGGGCAAGUAUUGGAUCUGGAAACCGCUGUGAAAGAUGGUAUUCUGGGAGGCGACGGUGGCGCGUUCUUCGGCGGAGGUGUCGCCGAGAAAUUGGAUUUGAAGAAGAUGGUGGCCGAGCUGGAACCCAUAGAUGUUCCCUCGGUGUUUAUCUGCCCGAUCUCAUUGGAGCCGAUGCAAGACCCCGUGACCCUUUGCACGGGCCAGACCUAUGAGAGAUCCAACAUUCGCAAAUGGUUCUCUUUGGGCCACUUCACUUGCCCCACUACGAUGCAGGAGCUCUGGGACGAUUCGGUCACGCCGAAUAAGACCCUGCACCAGCUGAUUUACAGUUGGUUCUCGCAGAAGUACUUGGCGAUGAAGAAGAAGUCGGAGGAUGUGCAAGGAAGGGCCUUGGAGCUUUUGGAGACGCUGAAGAAAGUUAAGGGUCAAGCUAGAGUUCAAGCUCUCAAAGACCUGAGGCAGGUCGUGGUUGCUCAUGCUUCGGCGAAGAAGACAGUAGCUGACAAUAACGGUGUACCUUUGCUUUCUUCUCUGUUGGGUCGUUUCACUUCGCACGCAGUUGGGUCGGAGACAAUUGGGAUUCUUGUGAAUUUAGAUCUCGAUUUGGAGUCAAAGGCCGAUUUGAUGCAACCCGCGAAGAUAUCAUUAAUGGUGGACAUGUUGAAUGAGGGAUCCAUUGAGACGAAGAUCAAUUGCACGAAAUUGAUCGAAAUGUUGAUAGUUGGGAAGGAUUUUGCAUCUGAGAUUGUCUCAAGCUUGAGUCUUUUGGUUGGAUUGUUGAGGUUGGUAAAGGAUAAAAGACAUCCAAAUGGGGUCUUGGCCGGUCUCAGUUUGCUCAAGACGGUCUGUUCCCAUGAACCAGUCAGGAGCUCUGUUGUGAGCAUUGGGGCAGUUCCCCAAUUGGUUGAGAUCCUACCCAGUUUGAAUAAUGAGUGUUUGGAAAUAGCUCUCUAUGUCCUUGAGGUGUUGUCCACUCUUCCAGAAGGAAAAUUGGCUUUGAAGGAUUGCCCGAAUUCCAUACCCAAUGUGGUGAGGUUAAUGAUGAAGGUUUCUGAGAGCUGCACGCAGUUUGCACUGUCAAUCUUGUGGGCUGUUUGCAAGCUUGCCCCAGAAGAAUGCGCUUCACUUGCUGUGGAGGCAGGUUUAGCGGCCAAGCUGCUUCUUGUAAUUCAGAGUGGAUGCGAUCCGAUUAUGAAGCAACGGUCGGCUGAGCUUUUGAAAUUGUGUAGUCUAAAUUACACAGCCACACUCUUCAUUUCCAAGUGUAAGCUUACAAGAACGAUACAAUGAAAGCAUAAUUAGAAGUUGUUGAUAUACGUCUCAAUUUUUUUCCCCUUUGGCCUGAGGGACCAAGGAACCAAAGAACUUGUGGGAUCAUGCAGCAGAAUUUGGAACGGAGAUUCAUAUUGGGUUUCUGAGGUACCCUUUCCUCUUUUGUGUAUACUGAGAAGUUAGAUUCUAUCAAUUAGUUACAAUUAUUCAAGAAGCAACAUAAACUGUGGAUGGAUAUUGCUUGUUGCAUGGUUAUAAAUCCAUUGUCCAUAAGCAGGCAGUGUUCACUGAAAUUUCCCAAUAAUCCCCAGAAUCUUCGUUCGGAUUGUUUUAUGUUAUUUGGGAAACCAGUUGCUGAUUGUUCCAAUCCGCAAGAGAGCAUUGUAUAUUAAAAUACAGGGAAUGAUGUUGGAAUUCUCCUAAGCAUGUGUUUGAAUUGUAAUUGUAGUUUUCUUGGCAAAGUAAUUGUAGUCAAUUUUUACAUGGAUGUCCAUCCUAAUUUUUGUCCCGUCUCUUGUGAGGAUUUGUGGGAACUCUCUGUUUUCCUUUGGGUUUUGAUGGGGGUUUAUCACUGAAUCUCUCCGUUUUAGAGUUUGUAGAUCUUCGUUGGCUUUAAACACAAAAACCGUUUACACCCUUUUGUAUUUUUUCCUUACAUGAUUAACUUGAAGUUGCUUAUCUUCAAGCUUGUU